GGAAUUUGAUAGUUGCGUCACCGUCUGGCAAUAGUCCAGAGGCUUGAACCCAAGGGAGAGGCAAGCCAAGCUGAAAUGAUUUCAACGUGUAGAUGGCUCGCGGAGGCGCAUGUCUCUGUUCCUGAAUCCGUCUUUUCUCCCCUGUAUUCCGCAGUUAAGCGGCCCCUCCCCCCCCUGGGCUUAGGAAUCCCAACAGCGCGGGCAACCCCACGUGUGGCCCUGGCGAUGGAUCGCGACUACACGCGCAGCAUUCCAGGAUGCCGCAAUGUUUUAGAUGCGAUCCCUCCAGCCCCUGAUGUUUGUUUGCCCUGUCCUCGGCCCCCCGGCGCCCUUGUUCAUUAAAUACAUCUGGAGGAAGAAUCCCUCGAAGCAAAAACACAAUCCAGUUCAAACCCUCCCUCUCUUCCUCGCCUCCUCCCCUUCAUACCUCACCAUGUGCUCUAACGCGGUGCCUUGUCUAUCGAAAAUGACGUCCCUCGAUUCCUCCUACGCUCCCCUGUUCCCCUCGCCGUUGAACCCCGUCAGCUAUGGCCCCGACGGCUCCUCGACACGCGCCAGCCGCCGGAGACGGGGUCAGUCUGUUCGGCGGAGGCCGACGUCGCACACGCUCGCGCAACGGUUGAUGCGCAGCAAGGCGGCCGAGGCCUGGCGAGGACAUGUGCUGAGCUCGCAGCUUGCGCAGGGUGACAAUAUCGGCGUUGUCCGUCGCAAGGCGCCGAGGAACCGAGGGUGUUGUCCGUCGCUCCCUGACCUAAGAAGCCUGGGGCUGAGCUUCUCUCUCGUGGGAUACACUCGGAGUCAAGAACCUGUGAUUCGGUUCCGGCUGCCAGACUUGUCAGCCUUGACGACGCGGCGGGUGAUAAUGGCCUUGGGCCUCGCAGGCGUGAUACCAGCAUUGAGUGCGCAGAACUUCCUACGGCCUGCCGAGCCGUUAUGACACGGACUGAGGUGGGGAGAAGACGAAGGCGAAAAAGUUAAUGAUGGCA